UGCUGGGAUCGGGCCGCGCCGUGUUAUGGCCCUGUACCACACCGAGGAGCGCGGCCAGCCCUGCUCACAGAAUUAUCACCUCUUCUUCAAGAAUGUAACUGGUCACUACAUUUCCCCCUUUCAUGAUAUUCCUCUGAAGGUGAACUCUAAAGAGGAAAAUGGCAUUCCUACGAAGAAAGCACGAAAUGAUGAAUACGAGACUCUGUUUAAUAUGAUUGUAGAAAUACCUCGGUGGACAAAUGCUAAAAUGGAGAUUGCCACCAAAGAGCCACUGAAUCCCAUUAAACAAUGUGUAAAGGAUGGAAAACUACGCUAUGUGGCGAAUAUCUUCCCUUACAAGGCUUAUAUAUGGAAUUAUGGUACCCUCCCUCAGACUUGGGAAGAUCCCCAUGAAAAAGAUAAGAGCACGAACUGCUUUGGAGAUAAUGAUCCUAUUGAUGUUUGUGUAACAGGCUCAAAGAUUCUUUCUUGUGGAGAAGUUUUUCAUGUGAAGAUCCUCGGAAUCUUGGCUCUUAUUGAUGAAGGUGAAACAGAUUGGAAAUUAAUUGCUAUCAAUGUGAAUGAUCCCGAAGCCUCAAAGUUUCAUGAGGGGAUAAAAUGCAAAGCAAAGCAUUACACCUAUGUGAUACAGGUGCAAACGCUGUACUGUGGACUUCCAUGA